GAUGCCAUCAACUUCAAAACAGCUCCUCAGAGCCUGCUCCGCUUCAUACAGUUCGUACACACAGACAGCGGUGUGUUGCCUGUCCGUGCUGCCUCAGCUCCUCUUCCACUCAUAUCUGGAAACAUGCUGUCCUUCACCAUAAGGCAACUUACACGGCCACUGCGCCAGCGAGCCCCACUGGCCCUGUGUGUACGUGGGCAGCAGUCCCAUGCAGCCACACGUACAGUGGAUGAUGAGCGGAUGUGGACAGGGCAGGAGAGCCUGGCUCAGGAUGACCCUGAGAUGUGGGAGCUGCUGCAGAAGGAAAAGGACAGACAGACCCGUGGUUUGGAACUCAUCGCAUCUGAGAAUUUCUGCAGUCGAGCUGCUCUGGAAGCCCAAGGCUCCUGUCUAAACAAUAAAUACUCUGAAGGCUACCCAGGGAGACGGUACUACGGAGGCGCAGAAGUGGUGGACCAAAUCGAGCUGCUGUGCCAGAAGAGGGCCCUGGAGGCCUUUGACCUGGAUCCAGCCCUGUGGGGGGUCAAUGUCCAGCCUUACUCUGGCUCCCCAGCCAACUUUGCAGUGUACACCGCCGUGCUUAACCCCCACGACCGCAUCAUGGGCCUGGAUUUGCCCGAUGGAGGACAUCUGACCCAUGGCUAUAUGUCUGAUACGAAGAGGAUCUCAGCCACCUCUAUCUACUUUGAGUCCAUGCCCUACAAGCUCAAUACUGCCACAGGACUCAUAGACUACGACCAGAUGGAGAUGACGGCCAGGCUGUUCCGACCCAAGCUCAUCAUCGCUGGCACAAGCGCCUAUGCCCGGCUCAUUGACUACGCCCGCAUCAAAAAGCUGUGUACUGAGCUGAAGGCCUAUAUGCUCGCUGACAUGGCCCAUAUCAGUGGCCUGGUGGCUGGCAAGGCCGUCCCCUCUCCCUUCGAGCAUGCUGACCUGGUCACCUCGACCACACACAAGUCCCUCCGAGGAGCCAGGGCUGGCCUCAUCUUCUAUCGUAAGGGCGUUCGCUCCGUGGACAAGAAGGGCAAAGAGAUCAUGUACGACCUCGAGGACAAGAUCAACUUCUCCGUCUUCCCCUCCCUACAGGGCGGACCUCACAACCACGCCAUCGCCGGUGUGGCUGUGGCCCUCAAACAGGCACAGUCUCCCAUGUUCAGGGAGUACAUCGCCCAGGUACUGAAGAACUCCAAGGCUAUGGCCACAGCUCUUCUCAGUAAAGGCUACACCUUGGUCUCAGGCGGGACAGACAACCACCUGGUCCUGGUGGACCUGCGGCCUAAAGGCAUUGACGGGGCGCGGGCUGAGAGGGUGCUGGAGCUGGUGUCAAUUACUGCCAAUAAGAACACCUGCCCCGGGGACAAGAGCGCCCUGACUCCUGGUGGCCUCAGGCUAGGUGCACCGGCCCUGACUUCCCGACAGUUCAAAGAAGCUGACUUUGUGCAAGUAGUCGAGUUCAUGGAUGAGGGCUUCAAGAUUGCCUUGGAUGUCAAGAAAAAGACAGCAAAGCUCCAGGACUUUAAGAACUUCCUGCUUCAGGACCCAGAGACUGUGGCUCGCAUCGCCGACCUGCGCCACCGCGUCGAAGCCUUCGCCAGGCCCUUCCCAAUGCCGGGCUUCCACGACCAUUAGACUUGCCAACAUGGAGUCAGGCCGCCAGCUCAGCAGGAUAGAGAAGAGAUAACACUCUGGUGAUGUUUGUGGUCAGCAUUUGUGAGUAUGGAGUUGAGUGCAUGGACUCAUUUCCAUGUAUAUCCAAUCAAAAAACAGGCGAACAUUGUUCUGUAUUUCUUUUUUGCUGCAGUCCAUUAAUCCAAUCUUGUAUACAAGCGUGGCCUCUGUGUUGAGGCUGAGAAAAUGAUGUAAUUUCAGAGUAAUUUUGUAGAGCUGCACAACCUGUUCUCUAUUUUUAAAGUUUUGUUUAACAAUUUGUUUCCUGGCUGCUGUCUUUGCAUCAUCACCUCAACAUGGUGCGUGGAGGAGAAAAAAAAAGGCUAAAUCAAAAGAUCAAUCAAACAGCUAACAGAUUUGUAUGUGAAGCUCUUCCUGUCACAGACAGUACGACUUGAUUUGCUUAUAAUUGGAUCUUCACUGAGGAGUCUUAAUGCUGUAAAAUGUCUUAACUAAUGUGACUAAUGUAGAUGAUUAUAUUUAAACGGAGAUGCGUACAUGUCAGCCCUGUACUGUCUUGUCUUAGUGUAUGUAACCAGCUACAUGAGAUUGCUUCAUGAAGUGGAGAUGUGUUUCCCCAAGCAGCACUGUCUUAGUCCACUUGUUAGGAAGAGAAAAUAAUUUUGGUUACUAUAGAAAUGAUAAAGACGGAUUAUCCAAACUUGCAGUAUUGUUAAGCAUAAUUAUUCAAAGUUAACUAAUGUAGUAAUGCUUUGUGGAACACACCUCCAAACUGUUAGGGUCCAAGCAAAAGUUUAUGUGAAAAUCUACAGUAUUGUUAUUUCUCCAUGCUGUAAUCGCCUUUUUUGUCUCAAAUAUCAUGGAUUAUAGAUUUGAUUGAAUUGACCUACAUAUCCUUUAUUUUGUUAUGAAUCCUUUUGACAGAUAAAUAACCAAAUGUAAUGAGUAGAAAUGUCACUUUGAAUUAUUUCAUGCUUAAUGUGUGUUUUACAGAGAGAAUAUACUUUUCUAUCUAUUAUUUAAAACAGAAGUAACUAUCUUGAACGUCCAUCACCUCAUGUGACAUAUCAGUGUUCCUACAGUAGCAUCAGCUUGUUUGUUGUAUUUCUGAGAGAGAUUAACACGCUGUAGUGCAGCGUCACUCCAUGCCCACUUUACCUGUCAGAUGGUACCAUAAGUGUUAAAUAAUAACCAUUAUAUAGCAGCUUGAUUUUGAUGUGUGUUGGGAGGUUUUCUUUUGGCUACUUGGUUCUCAAAUUGGAAGCGGUACAACUUGUUAUCACUGCAUCAGUGAGCGAACAACAUUUCUUCUGUUUGUUAAAUGUACGGCACAAAAGAGGGAAAGCAGGAAGGGUAAAACUUCUUGACUUUGCACAAUACACAGCUUCUAGACUCCUUCAUCUCUGAUGUUACCUGCCUGAGUUUGUUUACGUCAACACAACUUUGAAAUAACUUUUGUUUUACAGAACAUUUUUAUUAUAGAGAAAAGCUUAAUCCGAAUAAAAAAUCUAAUAAUUGCAGUA